AGCAAAACUAGGAGGGGGUGUAGGUGUAAAUUAGUAUCUGAGGAUUCGGGGUAACAGUCAAAUAGAAAGCAAGCAGAAACACAAAGGAGACAAUAUCAAUGCUCCUCCUCACCAUCUGAAAAACCCACAAAAAUCUUAAGGCUGUUAGGGUAAAUUUCCAUGGAGGGUAUCGUAGGUGGUAAUGCUGCUUCUGCAGCUACUUUGGAUCAAUGGAGGCAGUAUUCACGGCUUUACCAGUUUUACCUUGAUAAAGCUACCCCGCAUGCAACUUAUAGGUGGAUUGGGACAGGAACGUUAGUGUUUCUCUUCAUAUUGCGUGUUUUUUACCUUCAAGGAUUCUAUAUUAUUGCCUAUGGCCUUGGGAUCUACGUGCUUAAUUUAUUGAUCGGGUUCUUGUCGCCAUUGGUUGACCCUGAAGCUGACCCGACUGAUGGUCCUAUGUUACCUACUAAAGGGUCGGAUGAGUUCAAACCCUUCAUUCGCCGUCUUCCUGAAUUUAAGUUCUGGUAUGCAAUCACAAAGGCUUUCCUUAUAUCGAUUCUGCUUACCUUCUUCUCAAUAUUCGAUAUCCCUGUGUUCUGGCCGAUACUACUUUUUUACUGGUUGAUGUUGUUCACCAUGACAAUGAAGCGCCAAAUCAUGCAUAUGAUCAAAUACAAAUACAUCCCAUUUAGCAUUGGAAAACAGAAAUACGGUGGUAAGAAUUCAUCUAGAGCAGGCGGCAGUGUUGGAGGAUCUCGAGCAGACUGAAGGCUGCUUAUGGAAAGUGGAAUUGUUAGCUUUAAAUUGUUGAUACAUUAUGGAUGUAAAACUCAUGGAGUGAUGAUGUAUUACUUGUCUCAAAUUUCUUCUCUGGUAAGAAAUUUCAACCCCAUCUCACUAAGCUGUAUGACGAGUUCUUUUACCACUAAUAUUAACUUCAGAUACGAUGGUUAAUGGCAGCGUCCCAUUUUAGUUA